AUGUUGACAAAUUCACUUGAAAAAAACAAUUUACAUCAAUAUUUAAGUCAAUGGACAGAGAAAAAUGUUCAAAUAUUACCAACACAAAGUAAUUCUAAGAGACAAUUGAUGAAAACAUAUGAUAAUGAUGAUAAUGAAGAUGGUAUGAAUCAAUUUUAUCCCUUGACAAGUUCCCCUGGUUUACAACACUCUACAACAUCUUCUUCAUCAUCAAUUUCUUCACCAAACACAACACACUUGUUUCCUGUUGAACAACAAUCUUCUCCAGUUGAUUUAUUAAAUCAUAGUAAAUUGAAUGAAAAUUUAAACAAUUCGAAGGCUGUUCAGUUGAUCAAUUGA